AUGAAAAUUCAAAUUAUACAAGUUUUGAAAGUUUUAUUUAUAGCACUAAUUAUUCCAGUUUUAGUAACCAAAUCAAGCAGUAUUUUAUCUAAUGUCGUACUUUGCAGUUUUAAUAAUAAUCAAAUAACAGUUCAAAGUACAACCAAAUCUAUUACAUGUACAUUCCAAGAAAAAAACACUACGGUUACUGGUGUUUGCUUUGAUGCAAGGGGAAAUUCAUGCGUACCAUCAGAGGAAAACAAAAAUGCUUGUUUUAUUAAAGAUGCAGAUUAUUUAACAUGUAUAGGACCCAACGAAAUAUAUUGUCACUCCCAAGGUUACUCUUGUAGUGUUUUUAAUAGUAAGUUUUAUGGAAACAGCAAACUUUUAAGUUCAAAUCAAUUCGAUUCAAGAGAUUCAGGUAGAUCAGUUGCUUCUUCGUUAUCACCAUUCAAUCCAUUAUUUACAAUUAUAAUAAUACUUUCAUUGGUUUUAUUUGGUUUUAAAAAUUAA